AUGAAUAAACCAAAAUCUUUUUGGAAAAAGUUGGUUGUCUCCAUGGAAGUCCAGCCAAAAGGCGACCUAUCAACGGCACAAAUGUUCCUUUAUAAUCACGAUUUAAGGCCAGUAGAGGAGGCCAGAAGAGAGUGGGCGUGGUACAAUUAUGUAUUCUUUUGGAUUGCUGAUUCAUUCAACAUCAACACUUGGCAAAUUGCUGCCACUGGUAUCCAGGCAGGAGGCAUGAAUUGGUGGCAGACAUGGAUUAGUGUGUGGUUGGGGUAUGCUUUGUGUGGUAUAUUUGUGAGCAUUGGUGCCCGGGUUGGUACUUUGUAUCACAUCUCUUUCCCUGUUGCCGCUAGAUCUUCAUUUGGAAUCUAUGGUUCGUUGUGGCCAGUGUUAAAUCGUGUUUUCAUGUCGUGCAUCUGGUAUUCCGUUCAGACAGCCAUUGCUGGUCCAACGUUUGAACUUAUGUUGCACUCUAUAUUUGGGAAGAACUUGCCGCAACGUAUUCACGACACAAUACCCGACAAAGAUUUAACAACUUUUCAAUUUUUGGGGAUCUUUUUGUUCUGGUUAUUCCAGUUGCCUUUUCUUUGGUUCCCCCCACAUAAGAUUAGACACUUGUUCACCGUCAAAGCAUAUGUUGCUCCCAUUGCUGGUAUUGCAUUUUUAGUGUGGACUAUUGUAAAAGCUGGUGGCAUUGGUCCAGUUGUUCAUCAAAAGUCGAAAGUACACGGAUCUGAGUUGGCAUGGGUAUUUGUUGAGUCUACUAUGAACUCCUUGGGUAACUUUGCCACAUUGAUUGUCAAUGCUCCAGAUUUCUCCCGUUUUGCUAGCCAACCUUCGUUUGGAAUGAAGUACUUGGUGUACACUUUAUCCAUUCCAAUUUGUUUCUCGAUCACCUCACUUAUUGGUAUUUUGGUCACUUCUGCUUCUGAAGCAAUGUAUGGGAAACCGUUCUGGUCUCCGUUGGAUGUUUUGGGAACUUUUCUAAAUGACUAUACUCCCGGGAAUCGUGCUGGUGUGUUUUUCAUUUCUGCUGCUUUUGCAUUGGCACAGUUGGGGACAAACAUUUCUGCCAACUCGUUAUCGUUCGGUACAGAUUGUUCAGCUUUGCUACCAAGGUUUUUGAACAUUAGAAGAGGAGGGUAUAUUUGUGCAUUUUUGGCUCUUGCUAUUUGUCCAUGGAAAUUAAUCUCUACUUCUUCCAAGUUUACCACGUACUUAUCGGCAUAUUCUGUCUUCUUAAGUUCAGUGGCUGGAGUUGUAGCAUGUGAUUAUUUCUAUGUUAGAAGAGGGUUCAUUCUGCUAAUUGACUUGUACUCCUUGACCAAUCCAGAUAAUAAACACCAAGACUCAAUAUACCGUUACAACAAAAUCGGUGUCAAUUGGAGAGCUUAUGUUGCAUAUAUCUGUGGUAUCUUGCCAAAUAUUGUAGGAUUUGUGGGCGCAACUGAAACCCAUAAGGUGCCCAUUGGGGCCACACAGGUAUACAGGCUAAACUUUUUUAUGGGAUUUUUCACUGCUUGGAUAAUAUAUUCUGUUUUGUGCUACUUUUUCCCUGUGCCCACUGGAACAGUCAAAGUUGGGCCAUUUGAAAAAGGCUGGUUUGAAGAGUGGCAAGAUGUUGAGACAUUUGAUGAAGAAUUAGUUGGCCAUGAAGUGCAUGAUGGUAUCGAAAAAAUUGAAUAUUUGGAGGAAUCUGUCAGUUCGAAGAAAAAGAUUUAG